CAGAUCUUGUUGAUGGACAACCUGAAUGUCUACUCAGUGUUGUCCUUCGAGUCGUGGUGCAACACUGUGAAGGAUGGUCUGUGGAUGCGGUUGAUGAGCAUCUACGUGUUGCUCGUCUGCCAUGGCGAUCCGAGAGGAGCGGGGAUUAUCCUGUCAGUGUCAGGGUUGACAAGAGCAGGAUUGGGAAUG